CGACUCGAUCUGACACAUUUGCUUAUAACUAAAGGCAUUGGCAAUCGCCUGUUUCUAGCUCCAGUUGACUUGAAUAGGUCAGCAAGGGUUUUAGAUAUUGGUACAGGGACAGGUAUAUGUGGGUAUUAUGUUCAGUCUUCCUUUGUGUCGAUUCAUGCUUACAGAAAUAGGGGCCAUUUGCGUCGGUGAAGAGUAUCCUAGUGCUGAAAUUAUCGGAAACGAUUUGAGUGCUAUCCAACCUACAUGGGUUCCCCCAAAUGUCAAGUUCGAGGUCGAUGACGUCGAGCAACUAUGGGUCUAUGAUAAGUUUAACUAUAUUUUUUCAUGCUAUAUGUCGACUUCCAUCCUGGACUGGCUAAAGCUAGUGGAGAACGUUUUUAAGCACCUUUAUCCUGGCGGCUGGGCCGAAUUUCAGGACUUUGACCUUCUCUACUAUUCAGAAGACGGCUUAAUCACGGAUAAUCAUUACCUCCUGAAAUGGAUGAAACUAUUCAUUGAUACGGCAAGAACGAAGCUGAACCGCGAGCCCUGCCCAGGGCCAAGACUUGAAGGGUGGAUCAGGCAUGCUGGCUUUAUGAAUGUUGCUUUCUCUCUGAAGAUAUUCUGUGGAGUUCUAGGCAUGCCCAUAGACGAAGUCCUGGUGAUGUUGGCCCAGAUACGUCAGGAAUUAUAUGCUCGCAAGUACCACGCUCUGUUUGAUUUCUAUGUUGUAUAUGGCCAGAAACCAUAAUUUCCAGUUAAGUCUCGACGAGAGCGACCGAAUACCGCCAUUACUCCUUAUGUCUUAAGCUACAAACCUAUUCCAGUAGGUUUAAGCUAAAAUACAGUGUUAUGUUCUAAGUCAGCGAAUUACGUAUACCCUAUACCCUACGAGAGACAACGAAAGCAUUCGUGCUAUUAGGACAUCAUGGAAAGGUCAUCACCGAGAUUCUCUACACCUGACUCUGCAAGGUUAUAUAGUGCUUACUCCAGAACGCAGA